AUGGUGCUACAGUGUUGCAUUUGCAAAAAAACGAAAUAUUUACAUCCCGAUCUUUCAUUUCAUUUGUUUCCAAAUAAUAUUGACGAUCGAACUAUUUGGGUAGCAAAUUUAGGAGAAAAUAUAAAGGUUUCAAAAUAUUCCAGGGUCUGUUCUAUCCACUUUAGAUUAGAAGAUUUUGAAAUUAAACAAAGUGGCAAAAAAUUUUUGAGAAUUGGUGCUAUUCCAAUGUCUGAAGUUUCAGAUUCAGAAUUAGUGUUAAGAUCAGAAACUAGUAGUAAGAGAUUAUUUUGUAAAUACAUCAAUAGACAAUGCAUCACAUCUUAA